GUGGACAACACUGCGUUCAAUUUGCCCAAACAAAAUGAAGUUAUUCGAGCACGAAAGGAAUAUCGCAUCGCCGUUGGAUUGGACUCCACGGCUGCGGCAGCCAAUCGAGCCCCAACCACCGGCAAACUGAUUGUCACAUGCAUUCAAGCUGAAACAAACACACGUGUUCCCGGAUCACGACGCUUGGGGCCGAACGAAACAGAUUUAGCCGGACAAGCUUUGGUACGAGGCCGUAAACCGGGUCUCGGUGAGGGGAUGCAGUGGGUCUAUUAUCUGCGAGGUGUCUCCUCUUGA